AAAGUUUGAAACAUCCAUCUUUUCUCUCUCUCUCUCUCUCUCUCUGUGAUAUUCUGAAUACUAUUUCUGUUACCUUGAAGCAAUGUUGCAAAGAAGUAGAACUCUUCCAAGCAGAAUCCACCAUGGAGCUGUGGAAGAGAGGCAUGACAUCAGGCACUACUUGCAAGUGGAAGUCCAACCCAAAGUCACUGAGUCUGAAGCCAUAAACCCUCAGUCCAGCUAUUCCAAAUGCUUUGAUGAUGAUGGUCGCCUGAAGAGAACAGGAAAUUUUUGGACUUCAGCGUCACAUAUUAUCACAGCAGUUAUAGGAUCUGGUGUCCUUUCCUUAGCAUGGGCAAUAGCUCAGCUUGGUUGGGUUGCAGGACCAUCUGUCCUGCUGCUUUUUGCCCUUGUUAAUCUCUACACUUCCAAUCUCCUAGCAAUGUGCUACCGGUCCGGUGACCCUGUCACAGGACAGAGAAAUUAUACCUACAUGGAUGCUAUCAAGGCCAACUUAGGAGGAAGAAAGGUCAUGUUAUGUGGGUUGGUCCAGUACUUCAAUCUAUUUGGUGUAGCAAUUGGUUACACCAUUGCCUCAUCUGUCAGCAUGAUGGCAAUAAAGAGAUCAAACUGUUACCAUAAAAGUGGAGGGAAAGAUCCAUGCCACAUGUCAAGCAAUGGGUACAUGAUAACAUUUGGAAUCAUAGAGGUGAUAUUUUCUCAGAUCCCAGAUUUUAAUCAAGUAUGGUGGCUCUCAAUAGUAGCUGCCAUUAUGUCCUUCACAUACUCCUCUGUUGGCCUCGGACUUGGCAUUGGCAAAGUUGUAGGAAAUGGGGGAUUUAAAGGAAGCCUACUGGGUAUCAGCAUAGGGACAGUAACCCAUGCAGGAACAGUUACUCCUACACAAAAGAUGUGGAGGAGCAUGCAAGCUCUUGGAGCUAUUGCCUUUGCUUACUCUUAUUCUUUGGUUCUCAUUGAAAUUCAGGAUACAAUAAGAUCUCCUCCUGCAGAACAUAAGACCAUGAAGAAGGCAACUGUAUUCAGCAUAGCUCUGACCACAGUGUUCUAUCUAUUCUGUGGUUGCUUUGGGUAUGCAGCCUUUGGUGACCUGGCCCCAGGCAACCUCUUGACUGGCUUUGGAUUCUACAAACCUUACUGGCUACUAGAUAUUGCCAAUGUUGCUAUUGUUGUCCACCUUGUUGGUGCAUUUCAGGUCUACUGCCAGCCUUUAUUUGCAUUUGUGGAGAAAUGGAGCGCACAGAGGUGGCCAAAGAGGGACUUUGUAACUGCAGAAUAUGACAUACCAAUCCCUUUCUAUGGCGUCUACCAACUCAACCUGUUUCGCUUAGUAUGGAGGACCAUAUUUGUCAUGAUAACAACCCUCAUAUCCAUGCUGCUGCCUUUCUUCAAUGAUGUGGUUGGAAUUCUUGGAGCCUUUGGGUUCUGGCCAUUGACAGUUUACUUCCCAGUUGAGAUGUACAUUGCUCAACAGAAGAUUGGGAAAUGGAGCAGCAGAUGGGUUGGGCUUAAGAUGCUUAGCAUCAGUUGUCUCCUUGUCACCAUAGCUGCUGCAGUCGGUUCUGUGGCUGGUGUGGUUCUGGAUCUCAAGACUUAUAAACCCUUUAAAACUAGCUAUUGAAGCCUGAAGAAGAUGCUCAUGAAAUGGAAGGCUUUACAGACUAGGAAUUUGAUGAAAGCAUGUGUAUAUCUAGUGACUGCUGUGUAUGAGUGAUAGAGGGUUUAAAAACAAGAAAAAGAAAACAUUGCAAGGAGUUACAAAAAGGAAUAAGAUGUCUUCUUUUACUAUUUAUUGUUGUAAAAUCUUAUGCGCUGCUCGUGAAAUGCAGGCCAACUUGGCUGCAGAAGCAGACAACUUGUAAUUGCCUGAAGCACAACUUUGGCAUCUUAAUUGAUAGCAACAUUAUUAAGAUUCCAGAGCAACAUGAUAAUAUGAAAAACAAAACUCAGUGCCUACUUU